AUGCGCAGUGAUAGUUACCUGACCACCAUUCCAGGAAGACCUCGAGUCUACUUUGACAUUGAGAUCGGCGGGAAGAGAGAAGGCCGUAUCGUGUUUGAACUUCCCUCAGUCGUACCCAAGACAGCAGAGAACUUCCGUGCGCUGUGUACCGGCGAGAAAGGAGUUGGCAAGGCAGGCAAGCCUUUGAGCUACAAAGGUUCAAUCUUUCACCGCGUGAUCAAGUCGUUCAUGAUCCAAGGUGGCGACUUCACAAACUUCAAUGGCACCGGAGGAGAGUCCAUCUACGGAGAGAAGUUUGACGACGAGAACUUCGAGUUGAAGCAUGACCGACCGUUCCUCUUGUCUAUGGCCAACUCUGGCCCUGGUACCAACGGCUCGCAGUUCUUCAUCACCACCGUCCCUACUCCUCAUCUAGACGACAAGCACGUCGUUUUCGGCGAGGUUCUCAACGGCAAGAACAUUGUCCGAAAGAUCGAGAACCUUCCCACCCAGUCAGACAAACCAGCUUCGGGUGAUGUGGUCAUCGUCGACUGUGGACAGCUAGAAGGUGAUAGCUACCAAAGUGCUAUCCAGAAAGCGCCCGACGCUACGGGAGACCCGUACGAAGAUUUCCCAGAAGACCAGGGUCAAGACUUGAAGGGCGAGGAGUACUACAAGAUCGCGCUCGAUCUCAAAGAAUUUGGCAACAAAGCAUUCAAAGCAGGCGAUCUCGAGACAGGUAUUGAAAAAUACCAGAAAGCACUGAGAUACCUCAACGAGUACCCUGCCGCCAACGAAAACGACCCCAAAGAUCUGCAGAGCAACAUCGACCACUUACGAUUCACCCUCCACAGCAACUCGGCGCUCCUGGCCAACAAGUCCAAACGAUCCGAGGAUGCGCAGAAGUGGGCCUCGUUUGCCAUCGAUGCCAUCCCCAAGGAUGCCAAGGACACCGACAAAGCGAAAGCGUAUUUCCGACGCGGGCAGGCCCGAGUUGCGCUCAAGGACCUGGAAGAAGGACUCAAGGAUUUUGAACAGGCGGCGAAAUUGGCCCCAGAGGAUGCAGCCAUCAAGGCCGAGCUGACCAGAACGAAGAAGACCCUGCAGGAGACGCUCAAGAAGGAAAAGGAUGCCUACAAGAAGUUCUUUAGGUGA